CGGACAACGUGAAGGCGUUGGGAGCGAGCGCGAGCUGAGCUGAACCGAAAUCAAGGAAGGUCCGCUAGAGAGAGACUGCGUCUGGCCUUUAAAAUCAUUAAAUAACGGCUAAACGAAAACAUUCAAGGGUUUCUCCUUCAGGUUCACCCCCUUUUUUUCUUUUUUUUUUUCUUUUUUUUUCUUUUUUUCCUUUUGUUUGGUUGAGAGGCUGAGCGGGGUGAAGUCAAUGGUAGAGGUGGGCUAGCGUCCCAGGGACAGACGGACAGACAGACGGACGGCGGAUUCCGCCACACAAAGAGAGGAAACAUGAGCGCAGCCAAACCCAGCGGCCUCAAAGCGCCCAGCAAGAUCGGCCGACCUGCAGGGGGCACUAAGACCGCCCCCCCCACUGCAGGAGCCGCCAAGACCUCCCCCUCCGCUGCAGGGCCCAAGCCGGCCCCCCCGGCCGCCGCGGAGGCCCAGGAUGGGGGUGAGAGUUUCCAGGUGGGGGAGCGGGUGUGGGUGAACGGGAACAAGCCGGGGUUCGUGCAGUUCCUGGGGGAGACCCAGUUCGCCCCGGGGCAGUGGGCGGGCAUCGUGCUGGACGAGCCCAUCGGGAAGAACGACGGCUCGGUCGCCGGCGUGCGCUACUUCCAGUGCGAGGCGCUCCGCGGCAUCUUCACCCGGCCCUCCAAACUGUCCCGCACGGAGGGCGAGGCCAACGGCACGCAGACUGCCCCCUCGUCCCGAGCCCCCUCCCCUACGCCCUCCUCCGCCUCCCAAUCCCAGACCCAGAGCCAGCCCCCCGCCGCUGCUACGACCCCCUCCCCCACCCCAGCCCCCACCCCGGCCGCAAAGAAGGCUUCGCCCCCCACCCCAGCCACCCCGGCGACCCCAGCAACCCCAGCAACCCCCGCCUCCAACCUAGCUCGCACUGCCAGCGAGUCCCUCUCCAACCUGUCUGAGACGGGGUCGGUGAAGAAGGGCGAGAGGGAGCUCAAGAUGGGCGAUCGCGUGCUGGUGGGGGGAACCAAAGCGGGCGUGGUGCGUUUCCUGGGGGAGACGGACUUCGCCAAGGGGGAGUGGUGCGGUGUGGAGCUGGAUGAGCCUCUGGGGAAGAACGACGGGGCUGUGGCGGGAACCAGGUAUUUCCAGUGCCAGCCCAAGUACGGGCUGUUCGCCCCGGUGCACAAGGUGACGCGUAUCGGCUUCCCCUCCACCACCCCGGCCAAGGCCAAGACCACGGCCCGCAAGGUGGUGACCACGCCCGCGGGGCUGAAGCGCAGCCCCAGCGCCUCCUCCAUCAGCUCCCUGAGCUCCGUGGCCUCCUCCGUCAGCGGCAAGCCCAGCCGCACGGGCCUGCUGACGGAGACGUCUUCGCGGUACGCGCGGAAGAUCUCGGGCACCACGGCGCUGCAGGAGGCGCUGAAGGAGAAGCAGCAGCACAUCGAGCAGCUCCUCGCCGAGCGCGACCUGGAGCGCGCCGAGGUCGCCAAGGCAACCAGCCACGCGGGCGAGGUGGAGCAGGAGCUGUCCGCCAUGCGGGAGGGCCAGGAGCAGUAUGUCCUGGAGAUGGAGGCGAAGAUGGACCACCUGCGCACCCUGGUGGAGGCUGCAGAUAAGGACAAGGUGGAGCUGCUGAACCAGCUGGAGGAGGAGAAGAGGAGAGUGGAGGACCUGCAGUUUCGUGUGGAGGAAGCGUGCAUUACCAAAGGUGACCUGGAGACGCAGUCCAAACUGGAGCUCGUCCACAUUAAGGAACUCGAACAGAGCCUGCUCUUUGAAAAGACCAAAGCUGAGAAACUCCAGAGGGAGUUAGAAGACACUAGGGUUGCCACGGUUUCUGAGAAAUCGCGCAUUAUGGAGCUGGAGAGGGACCUGUCGCUGAGGGCCAAAGAGGUGGCGGCGCUGCAGCAGCGCCUCGACUCCUCGCUGGGGUCGGGGGUCGCGGACACCGCCUCCCCGCUGCUGGAGGAGUUGGGGGCCCUGCGCGCACAGCUGUCUGCCCAGAGCGCGGAGCACCAGGGCCAGCUCUCCGCCCUCCGGGCCCAGCUGGAGGCCUCGCAGAAGGCCCACGGCCAGGAGCUGGAGAAGCUAGCGGCCGCUAACGCCCAGGCCUGCGGGGACUCUGAGCGGCUCAGGGCCCGGCUGGAGCAGACGGAGAGGGAGAAGACGGACGCCGUCGAGCUCUGCCGCUCCAAAAUGGAGUCGGCCAACGCCAGCCACCAGCAGGCCAUGGAGGGCCUGAAGGCCUCGUUCAGCCAGGGGGCGGGAGCCCAGGCCCAGGAGCUCCUGGAGCUGAAGACCUCCCAGGAGAGGAUGAGGCAGGAGCUGGAGGAGGCGCGCGCUCAGAGGGAGGCCGAGGCCACAGCCAGAGUCAGGGAGGCGGAGGCGCUCCGGGCUCAGAUGCAGGAGGUGUCGGAGGAGAAGGAGCGUCUGGAGGACUCUCUGCGGACCAGCCUGGAGAGCACGGAGGAGCAGCACCUGGUGGAGAUGGAGGACGUGCUGGGGAAGCUCCACGCGGCCGAGCUGAAGGUAAAGGAGCUGGAGCCUCUGGAGGGCCGCGUGGCCCAGCAGGAGGAGCAGCUGCAGGGUCUGCGAGAGCAGGCCGCGGAGGCCCGGAGCCUCAGCGCCGCCCUGGAGGCCGCCCGCGCAGUGCAGGUACAGGGGGACCAGGAGGCCCAGAGCCUGAGGGCCCGUCUGCAGGCCGCUGAGGGGGAGGCCCUGGAGCGGGGCGGCAAGGCCGGGGAGGUGGCCAAAGACCUGGAGGCCCGGCAGCAGGAGCUGCUCUCCCUGCAGGAGACCCUGGGAGCAGCCCAGCAGGAGAGGGGCUCCCUGCAGCAGGAGGUCAGCAGUCUGAAGGAAAAACUUGAUGGAGUCUCUAAGGAUCAGACUAAAGCCGCACAAAUUAUGCAAGAAACUCUUGAGAAGCUGCGUCAGAAAGAAGAGCUGUGCUCCUCCCUCUCCACUGAGACCGAGGCUCUGAGGAACCAGCUGACUGGCGCAGACAGGAAGCUGAAGGUGGGGGAGGAGAAGGUGGAUCAGCUGACCAGGGACAAGGCUAAGCUGGAGAGCGACAUCGCCGACAUGAUGCGCUCCUCCGGGGACAGCUCCGCCCAGCUCACCAAGAUGAACGAUGACCUCACCCACAAAGAGAGGAGGCUGGAGGAGCUGCAGACGCAGCUGGGGGAGGAGCGGGAGAGAGCGGCUCGGGCAGAGGAGAGCGUGACGCAGAGCCACGCCCGGGCGGAGCAGGAGCUCAGGGAGAGCCGAGAGGAGCACCAGGCCCAACUCACCGCCCUGAGGGAGCAGCUGGCACAGCGGGAGGAGAGCGUGGAGCAGACGCAGGCCCGGUACCAGGAGCUGCAGUCGGCCCAGGAGAAGGCCCUGGGGUCGGCGUCGGAGAAGCACGAGUCCCAGCUGAAGGAGCUCCGGGCCGAGCUGGAGAAGGCCGCGCAGGAGCUGGGCGCCGCGCGCGAUCGGAGCAGCGCGCUGGAGCUGCAGGUGGCCGAGCUGCAGCCUCACAAAGAGCAGGCCCAGUCUCUCGCUGCUCAGCUACUCUCCUCAGAGCAGCAGGCCAAGCAGCUAACCGCAGAGUUGGGAGAGCUGAAAGUGGCAUCAGGGAAUGCCUCAAAGGAAGCUGAGGGCCUCAGGGGCGAAAGAGACGCCCUUCGGGCGAGUCUCUCCGGCUCCGAGGCCGAGCUGUCGGCCCUGAAGGCCAGUCACAAAGACCUCUCCUCCAAAACCGAGGAGCUGCGUUUGCUGAAGGAUCAGCUCUCAAAGGAGAAAGAGGAGCAGUUCUCUCGGAACCAGCAGCUGGAGCAGGAGAAGGCCUCGCUCUCCGCCGAGAAGGCCUCGCUCUCUCGGGCUGUGGAUGAGCUACGGGCCGACGCGGAGAAGAUGGGAAUGGAAAACGGGAACCUCAGAACCGCCGAAGCGGAGCGCUCGGCCAAGGUGGAGGAGCUCCAGAAGACGGUCGCGGAGAAACAAGACGUCCUGGUCAAGUACCAACAGGAGAUCAUGCUGCAGGAGACCAACAGGAAGCAACUGGCCCAGGACUAUGAGAAGGUGUGUGAGGAGAAGGACAACAUCGAGCGUGAGCUGAAACAAAGCAGAGAGGAGCUCAAGUCCGGGAGCGAGACGCUCACUGUGGAGAGAGAUGCCGCAAGGAAAGAGAAGAGUACCUUGGAUGCCAAAAACUCGGAGCUGCAAGCCAAAUUGUCCUCUUUGAUUGCGGAGAAAGAUGACCUCUGUGCUAGGAAUACCCAGCUGCAGGCAGAGAAGGACUCCCUGGAAAAGGAAAAAGGGGAGACGCUCGCCCAAGUUCAGUCACUUGGUUCUGUCAAGGAGGCCCUUCAGGUGGAGAAAAAGGAGCUUCAGGACCAAAUGCAGGCCGUGAAGAAGGACCUGGAGAAGUCCAUCCGCAACAACAAUGAGCUGCAGGCCUCCAAAGAAAGCUUUGCCAAAAUGCUUGAAGAAAGCAAAACCAGCCGAGACGUCACCGACUCGGAGAGGCUCCACCUUCUGCAGGAGAAGGAAGACCUGCUGGCUGCCCAGAGGAAGACAUGCUCAGAGAAGGAGGUGCUUCUGAAGGAAAAGGAGGAGUUGGAGGAGAGGAUACGUCUAACCAAUGAAGAGGCACACGUUGCCAGGGGGAGGUUUGAGCAGGAAAUGGAGGUCGCAGGCCAAGAGAAGGCCAAGCUGGCUCUGAAGCUCACUGAGGCGGAGAAGCGCUUCCAUUCCCUGCAGAAAGAGAAGAAGACCCUGGAAUCCACACUUGAGCAGCAGAGAUCAGAGACUGAGCGCGUGGACCGGGAGAAGGGAGAUCUGCUGGAGAAACACGAGCGUGAGAUCUCGGAGAAGGCCACUCUUGCACAGGAAAGGGACCGGUUGGCGGGAGAUGUCCAAACCCUGAAGGAACAGCUGGGGAACUCGAGUAAGGAGAACUCCAGCCUACUGGAGGCCAGGACCACCCUGACCGCAAAGCUGGAUGAGGCAAAUAAGAAGGCAGAGGAAGCUGACGUCGAGAAGACCUCCUUUCAGCAAGAGCGAGCAGAUCUCCAGGCCCAGCUUCUGAAAAAGAGCUCUGAAGUCAAGGCCCUCAAGAAGGACAAAGCCGCACUCUCGGAGGAGCACCGGAAACUGAAGGAUGAAACUGCGCGUGUGCAGACAGACCUGGGCCAGGAGAAGGACGCCCUAAAGGUAGAGCGGGACUCCCUGGCUUCCCAGCAUGCCGAACUGAAGGAGUCCCUGCUGCGGCUGCAGAAGGAAAAAGAGGAUCUUCUGGCCCAGAAGGGAGACCUCUCUACUCAGAGUGAGUCUCUCUCCCAGGCCAAGGGCGCUCUGCAGUCCCAGCUGGACACCAGCAUCCGCGAAAAGAGCGAAAUGGCCGCCGCCAAGGAUGACCUCUGCAGAAAGAUGGAGGACCUGCAGAAAGAAUUAUCCACUCUGACGCAGGAGAAAACCAAGCUCCUCCAGUCUGAGUCGAGCCUGAAGACUGCGUUGGCCUCCCUCCAUGGUGAAAAGGAAGUCACAGUCUCGGAGCAGGGCAGGAUGCAGGGUGAGUUGGAGCAGCUGAAGGCCUCCCACGGCGGACUGCUCACCGAGAAGCAGCGUCUGUUGGAGGAGAAGGCCCUCGUGGAGGCUAAGAACCAGGAAUUGAGUCAGCAAGUGUCUACGACGGAGCUGGCCAGACAGGAACUUGCAGCAAAUCUCAAGGAAGCAGAAAAGGCAAAAGUGUCUCUUACCCAAGACCUGGAAGCCUUGAAGUCCCAGAAGAAACAGACCGACCAGGAAAAGGGGAGCCUAGCCUCCGAACGGGAAGGCCUUACCGGGAAGCUGCAAGAGUUGGGUAAAGAGCUCAGCUCUUUAACUAAAGAGAAAGCUGAAAUUCUAGCCCUCAAGGCCCAACAGGAGCAGGAGAUUGGGUCUCUCCGCAGCAGCCUGGAGACAGGCAAAGAGGACCGCUCGCGCCUCCUGAAGGAGGUGGAGGAGGUGCGGGCUUCCCGCACAGAGCUCGAGGAGGUGAACCGUGUCCUCCGCGGCGAAAAGACCCAACUGGAGGAGGCACAGCGGGUCUCCCGCGAGGAAGCCGCUGAGGCCUCCCAUGCACAGGGGGCGUUCUCCUCAGCCCUGAGCACCCUUCAGGAGGAGAGAGACACCCUGCUCAGGGAGAGGGACCAGCAGGCCCUGAAAGCCUCUGAGCUAGCGGCCCUUCACCAAAACACUUUGUCCAUGCAGCUUGAGGCUGCGCAGUCGGCAGAGCAGACUGCCCAGACACUGGAGCAGCUGAGGCAGGAGAGCGGCCGUCUGCAGCGGGAGAAGGGCGAGGUGCAGGCCCUCCUGGAGGAGAGCCGGAGCUCCAAACAGGAAGUGGAGCAGCAGCUGGAUGCUCUGAAGGAGCAGAGCGCCCGGCAGCAGGAGGAGUUGAGCCGGUCCAGAGAGCAGCUCGGUUCUGAGGGCCAGCGGGUCAGCAGCCUGUGCACAGAGAUAGAGGAGCUGAGGAGGACAGCAGGGCAGGGGACCCAGAGCCUGGGGGCCCUGCAGGAGGAGAACCGCAAACUGGCCAAAGAGCUGGACGACAGCCAACAGGAAGUCAGCAAGCACAAGAAGCUGGAAGAAGAGCUCUCAUCCCUCACACUCCAGCUCCAGGAGCUACGGAAGAGGGAGAGCUCGCUGAAGGAGUCUGAAGAGGAGAAGGCCUCCCUCCAGAGGACUCUCCAGAAGACCAGUGCCUUGAUCUCCCAGAGGGACUCGGAGCUGGCCACGCUCAGGAGUGAGAUGGCGGUGCUGCGUGAGGGCAGCUCGGCUGCGCAGACGCUGCAGUCUGCAGUGCAGUCUCUGGAGAAGGACAAGGCCCAGCUGCAGGAGCGAGUGAAGACUCUGGAUCGGCGGCUGGAACAGAGCGACUCACGCCCCCCAGGAGGUGAUGCUGCUGUAGACAAUCUGAAAGAGGACGAGUCGGACUUGGCGCAGGGACAGAUCGCCUUCCUGAACUCGGUCAUCGUGGACCUGCAGAAGAAGAACCAGGAGCUGAAGGCCAAGAUGGAGAAGAUGGCGGAAGCGGCUCUGAACGGGAACAACACCAGCGAGCUGGACAACUACGGGUUGGAGGCCCCGCCCAAGAAUAAGCCCCCUCCGCGGCUCUUCUGUGACAUCUGCGACUGCUUCGACCUCCACGACACCGAGGACUGCCCCACGCAGGCCCAGGCCCCCGACUCCCCCCCACACACCGCCUACCACGGCAACCGCUCCGACCUGCGCCCCUACUGCGACAUCUGCGAGGUGUUCGGCCACUGGACCGACUCCUGCAACGAUGACCAGACCUUCUGAUACCUCCAGCACUGCCCCUGCACCCGCCUGCUCGCACACACACACACACACACCCACGCACUCACACGCACUCAUACUCAUAUACGCGCGCAAACACACACACACACACACACACACACACACACACACACACACACACACACACACACACACACACACACACCCACGCACUCAUACUCAUAUACGCGCGCAAACACACACACACACACACACACACGCAUACAUACACACUGUGUGUGCACAAACACACACAUUCUUCCACAAAAGCAACCUCAUGCCAGGCUGGCUUCCACAGCACUUUGUUUUAUGGGCAUGGGUGUACGUCCAUGUAAAUGUGUGUAUGUGUGUGUGUUGUAUGGCGUGUGUGUUUGUGUGUUGUAUGGUGUGUGUGUGUGUGUGUGUGUGUGUGUUGUAUGGCGUGUGUGUGUGUUUGCG